AUGACUACAACCGCGCUUUCUGACGCGACGGCCUCGUCCACAUCAUCAGCGAAGCAGGACGAACCAGCUCCAUCGGAACCUGCAUCUGUGUCGGCCACCGCAACAGCACCUCCAUACUCUCCGAUCUACGCAACUGCCCAGGCUCAACCAGGAAGCAUCACAACCAUGCCUGCGCCGACUGCACCAACAACGUCUGGCAGUGACGGGUCUCCUCUACCCACACCGACCGAAACGAUAGCCACCCCUGCCACGAGAACGAACACCUCGCCUCCUCCCCCACAGCCUGGUGCUCAUCCUGAUCCUGGAAUACCAGCGCCGACGGCUCCUCCAGCUCUGGCUGCAUCUUCAGCUCCAGCUCCAGCUCCAGCUCCAGUCCCUGGUUCUGGUCCUGCUCCUGCUCCUGCUCUUCAGGCUCAACUACAACCUCAACCUGCCCCUACCGCUGCAGCCACAGGCGCAACUACAACUACAACUACAGCACCAGCGAACCCCAUGCCUAGCUACGGCUACGGCUACAACCCUACAGCCGGCGGGUACAGCUCCGGAUUCACAUCCGCAUCCCAGAAUCAGCAAUUCCAUCCACGAGCACACCCACACCAGCAGGCACACCCAAACUCAACGUCGACCCCCUAUGCCGCACUCUACCAUCCUCCUACCACCUCGUCACAACUCCCCAUCUACCAGAACCAGGGCCAUGGCGCCGACGAGUUUGACUCCGUCCAAGAAGACGGUGGGUUUCUGGCGAGCGCUAAGUCGUGGAUAGCGAGUGCGGGGACGAAGCUGGCGGAGGUGGAGGCUGAGAUGUGGAGGAGGAUUAAUGAUGCUCAUGAUAAGUAG